AUGGCCAUUCAACUAUCACUGCUGCAGGUCCUCUGCAGCUUCAUGCUGCUCUUCGGCGCCGCCAGUGCUCUCAAGUUCGAUCUCCAGGCACACGCCGGCCGAGAGAACCAGAAGAAGGAACGAUGUAUCAGGAACUGGAGUGGCAGUAAUACUCUGGUCGUUGUGACGGCCAUUGUUGGUGGAGACAAGUCCGAUGGCAUGCAGGUUAACAUUCACAUUCGCGACUCUGACGGCAACGAGUACGCUCGCCCUCGAGAUGUCGUUGGCGAGUCCCGAUCCGUCUUUACCACCCACAACGACGCUCCCUUCGACGUCUGCUUCGAGAACAUCUUUACUGGCUCCCGACGACCCAGCCCCUCUACCCGAUCCAUCGAGCUCGACGUCGACAUUGGCGCUGACGCCAAGGACUGGGCCGCCAUCCAGGCCACCGAGAAGCUCAAGCCCGUCGAGGCUGAGCUGCGACGCAUUGAGGAGCUGACGGCCGAGAUUGUCCGGGAGAUGGAUUACCUGCGGGCACGAGAGCAGACUCUGCGCGAUACCAACGAGAGCACGAACAACCGUGUCAAGUGGUUCGGCAUCGGCACCACCUGGUUGCUCAUCGGUCUUUGGGGAUGGCAGAUUAUGUACCUGCGCGCCUACUUCCGCUCCAAGCAUCUGAUUUAA